AUGGCUGCUAAGAUUACCAUCGUUCUCUGCGCUACGGCUUGCUUAGUCCAGUGUUGCAUAAGGUCUGGUCUCAAUUUUAUCCCAUUUCUCUCACAGUUCAUCUCUGGACAAUGUAUUGGAGCCAUCAAUAACGUUGGACCUGCUUUAGCAGCUGAAGAGCUGGCCUUAGCUGGAAACUUGGCCUACAGAGCUGGAGCAGGCUAUGGACCGUACGCCAACCCUGGACUACCAAACGCUAUAACCCCCAGCAGUGGUGGAAGCUUUGCAGUGAGCAGCUUCUCUCCCAUCGCACCAACUGGCAUCACAGUCUUCUCGGAGAAUGCUAUCGAAGGCGCUCUAGCUGUGAACGGUGAGCUGCCGUUCUUGGGAGCCGUGGCAGUCGAGGGAGCCCUGCCAAGCGCUGGAGCUGGUGGUAUUAACUACGGCUGUGGUAGCGGCGCUGUUGGUAUUGUGAGUGAAGGAGUCGCUCCGGGUGCCUCCUACCCAGCUGGAGUUGGUUACCCUAAUGUUGGUUACGGCGCUGGUUUAACCAAUGGUAUUGUGAACCGCCAAGCUCUUGGUAUGGGUGGUUGUGGUUCAGUUUAUUAAAUAAUUUGUUAUUUAUUAUGUAUUAAUAAAUGUUAUUUCGUUUUAUCUUCA